AUGGAGAGCCUGAUCAACGGCGGAGAUACGUUUCAGACCAAUCCAGACUUUGCAAUCUACGGUCAUGAUCCAUUCGUUGCUUCACUGAGUCAACUCAGUGUUCCGUCGGAUCUUAACCGAGUCGUUUUCUCUAAUAAGGAUGACUCAGCGAGUCAACUCACUCAUCCGCUGGUUACACCACCAUGUGGGCCCCAUCUCCGUCUUCCUCUCUGCCACAGCUAA